AUGGCACCCUUUUAUCCUAUCACUAUCUGCAGGUCUGAUGGACAGUUAGAAGUCAUUACAAAGACAGGAGUAAAAGAAUUGAAUCAACCGACACCAGCUCAAUUGAGCGAUAAAGAGGAUGCGGAAGGAAACGUUGAUUGUUAUAAGAAGCUCGAAUAUGACGAACCGAAAGCUGUAGAUUGGAGGAGAAAGAUUGGUGGCAUGUUGAUGCAUUAUUUGGGUGGAAAGGAGCAUUCUGAUAGAAAUUACGUACUCAAAGAUCUGCCAGAAGGAUAUGUUUUAUGGGAACACCUCAAAUAUAAUAAAAACAAAUUAGAGGCAGAGCAGAAGAGGGAAAAGGGCAAACACGCAGCUGGAGCAUAUGAACGACAAGAUACCUACUUAUACGGACACCCUCAAGGCCGAAAGAAGAGAUAUCGAAGCCCUGCGGAUUUCUUUCCGCAUGUUCUUUGGUUGAGUACAGAUAAAGAUGGCGACCCAAGGAAUUGUUCCUGCAAAGUCUGUUCGCCAUUCGGGGAGGAUGAUCCACAAGAGGAUACACCCAAACAGGACAGCGGGGUAGUGUUGAAGAAGGAAAUAAGUAAAGCAGCCAUACCAGUUGUCAGCAUACCCCAAGUGAAGAAGGAAGCGAAGAAGGAUAACAUGCCAAUUGUCAGCAUACCUCAGAAGUCUGUGUCUGCUUCAGGGUCUGCUUCAGGGUCCGCAUCUUCAGCUUCUGGAUCUUCAAAACCAUCUUCGCAGCCCAUUUCAUUGAUUCGGUCGCCAGAACAAAGGCUCGAUAGCGAUCCUAAUAGUGGAUUCAUCUAUCGCACUGGAGAGUUGGUCUGGUUUAACAGAGGGCAUGCUUGGGGCCUUGCAGUCAUAUCGAAACGAAGAAUUGAAAAUUUUACAGCUCAGUAUUUGGUUCAACCACUCUCUCACCCAAUUACACAUCCCGCCGCUCAAAUCAAUGAACAAGAAUCCAUUAGGCCUUGGCUCGCUUGGAGUGUACCGCAGACUACGAUCAGUGCAAUAAAUAAUCUUCCUUAUGAUGAGGUUCCUUGGGAUCGUAUAAUUCGAGGCGAAUAUGGUGGAGGAGAUUAUCAAGUCGAUGGUAGCAUCUUGGCCGCGAAAGUUAUCGACGGAAGUUAUUCUCUCUUCGACAGAAUAGAAAAGGCUCUGGUUUCUCCCGGAGAAGUCCAUUACAAUGGAAUGUUCCUCGGAGCCGAAAAGAUUUGGGUCGGCGAGCCAGUUCGUCUGCGCGUGGAAGGGGAUGCAAUUGUGGUCCUUGUCAUUCAAAAGCUCAUUGAACGUACCGUUCAACCAAAUCCACUUCUGACUGUAGUAACCUUCGUGGGUGAUAUCUACAAAUUCGUCGAGAUGCCAAUGCCUUACAGCAGUCGUUCUCAGUGGCCUACACCCGACUUACCUGCUCGAAUGGUAGCAGAUUUACGAUUCCGCAAUGAGGUAGCAGAUAAUGCCAAAAAACGUACUUGGUAUGAAUGGCAAUUACUUGAGCCAGCAGCACGUCGAGGCUUGGCUGAUAUCAAAGGUCGUUGGUACGAGACACGACUUCUAUUGCCGGUUCUAAGAGGCUUAGAAGCAUACCAACUUGGUAUAGGACGAGGUGAAACUAGUGAUGCUAGUUUGUGGAUGAAUGGAAGAGGAGAUACUAUUGGAGGAACAGGAAAAAGACAGAAAAAUAGAAGAAUGACUCUGGGUAAAUCAGUUCCCGAUGACUUCAAGGUGGGAAGAGGUUUGGACGGCCCUCCGGCUGAUAAUCUGUUCCCCGAAACCACUAUUCCUCCUCCGAGUGUUGCUAUACCAGAUAUUGAUCAAUUUAUGGAUCUCGAUGGUGUGGGAAAUUCAAGUGGAUACAAUGUCUGA